AUGGCCUCAACUCUACGUUUAUCAACCACCUUCAUGACCCCAACGGACCCUAGCAAGGUCCACAAAACCGCCGAGGAGUUCCCGAGCUGGGUGCACGUCGGCAUACCCAAGCGGGCGUGCCGCCUUCGGGCGGUGAGGGCGUCCAGCCACCACGACGUGCUGGAGCGAGGGGCGGCGACGCCGCAGGCCGGGCGGCUCCACGGGCUGCCGGGCCAGCGGAGCGGCCAAGGAGGGACGUCGGCGAGGGUGCCGGUGUACGUGAUGCUGCCGCUGGACACGGUGUCGGCGUCGGGCGGGCUGAGCCGGGCGCGGGCGCUGAACGCCAGCCUGAUGGCGUUGCGGAGCGCAGGAGUGGAGGGGGUGAUGGCGGAUGUGUGGUGGGGGUUGGUGGAGAAGGAUGGACCCAUGCAUUACAACUGGGAGGCCUACAUGGAGCUGGUGAAGAUGGUGGAGAAGAAUGGUCUCAAGCUCCAGAUGGUCAUGUCCUUCCACCAGUGUGGUGGCAACGUCGGAGACUCUUGCAGCAUACCAUUACCACCAUGGGUUCUUGAGGAAAUGAGCAAAGAUCCAGAUAUCGUAUACACGGACAGGUCAGGAAGGAGGAACCCAGAGUAUAUCUCCUUAGGCUGCGACACACUGCCAGUCCUGAGGGGCAGAACUCCCAUCCAAGUCUAUGCAGACUUCAUGAGAAGUUUUCGCGAAAGAUUCAGUGACUACCUUGGCGACGUGAUUGUGGAAAUUCAAGUGGGGCUGGGGCCUUGUGGAGAGCUGAGAUAUCCAUCUUAUCCCGAGAGCAACGGAACUUGGAGGUUUCCCGGGAUCGGAGAAUUCCAAUGCUAUGACAAGUACAUGAAAGCUUCUCUGCAAGCUGCUGCUAUUGAAAUUGGACAAGAAGGAUGGGGCAAGGGUGGACCGCAUGAUGCUGGGCACUACAAGCAGUUCCCUGAGGAUACUGGUUUCUUCAGAAGAGAGGGAACAUGGAACUCAGACUAUGGGAAAUUCUUCCUUGAAUGGUACUCAGGAAAGCUCCUAGAGCAUGGAGACCGUAUCCUAGCAUCUGCAGAGGGGAUAUUCCGUGGCACUGGUGCCAAACUAUCUGGAAAGGUUGCAGGAAUCCAUUGGCAUUACCGAACACGCUCUCACGCAGCAGAACUGACAGCUGGGUACUAUAACACACGGUACAGAGAUGGGUACCUUCCAGUAGCUCAGAUGCUAGCAAAGAGGGGUGUGGUAUUAAACUUUACAUGCAUGGAGAUGAAAGAUGAACAACAACCCAGUCAUGCAAACUGUUCACCAGAAUUGCUAGUCCAACAAGUGAAAAAAGCAACCAAAGCGGCCGGAGCAGAGCUCGCGGGGGAGAAUGCAUUGGAGAGAUAUGACGAGUCAGCAUACUCACAGGUGUUGGCGACAAGUAGAGCAGAUCCAGGAAUUGGUUUGAGUGCAUUCACAUAUCUCAGGAUGAACAAGAAGUUGUUUGAAGGAGAGAACUGGCGAAACUUUGUGGCAUUUGCUAAGAGCAUGUCAGAAGGUGGAAGAAAGGUUUCGCUUCCUAAGAGUGACUCCAUGCACUCUGACCUCUAUGUUGGUUUUAUAGGAAGUAAAGACCGGAGCUCAGAGGGUAAGGUAGCUGCUUCCGUGUAAAAAGACACAUGUGGAUCCAUGUAUAGAUCGAUAUAGUUGAAGAUGUAAGCAGAGAUAAGAGGAAAGUGAACUAACUGGGGCUUACCCCAGUAGUCAUACUCCUCUAAAUAGCAACUAGAGAUUUGAGGUUCGAGGCUUGUGGUCAUGGAUUCUCAGGUACUUGGACCUAGGUUAUAACAUGGGCGGGUGCCCCUGUCUCUCUUCCUUAGGAAUAAAAAACAGGACCCAAUAUAUGAUAUAGAAAAUCCAAAAUAAUUCUGCAGAGAAUAAAGUAUAUUUGCCUCCAAGUGGCUUACUAUUUUUUAAGCAAUGAAAACAAUUGUCAUAAAUUUAA